AUUUACUCCUCACUCUCACACACGUUUCCAUUAUUCUCUCUCUCUUUCGCUCUCUUUCUUCCAAUUAAUUUCUCACCAUAAUAUCUCCGAUCACUCACCAAUGUCCAACGCCACCGUGCCGGAGUCCGACUCCGGCGGCUCAAAUUCUUCCACCUCCACUUCCUCCUCUUCCUUUUCAACUUCAUGUUCCAUCUCCUCUCCAACCAAAAAAGCCGGUGUCUGCCGCCCAAAGCGCGCGCGUGAAAUCACCACCAACAGUCGCCACCCAAUUUACCGCGGCGUCCGAAUGAGGGCGUGGGGCAAAUGGGUGUCGGAAAUUCGAGAGCCAAAGAAGAAGAGCCGGAUCUGGCUCGGCACCUUCGCCACACCCGACAUGGCAGCACGUGCCCACGACGUAGCCGCACUCACCAUCAAAGGCAACUCCGCUAUCCUCAACUUCCCCGAACUCGCCGCGUCACUCCCACGCCCGGCUUCCUCCUCCCCUCGCGACGUCCAAUCCGCCGCCGCUCUCGCCGCCUCAAUGCAACUCCCUAACGCCCCACCUCCACCCCCACCGCCGCCACCACCCUCAUCGCCUCCAUUUACGUCAUCCUCGGAGUUGGACGAGUCGACGCCGGAGGAACUGAGUGAAAUCGUAGUGCUGCCGAGUUUGGGAACGAGUUACGAGGAAUCAUCCGAGUCAGUGACCGAGUUAGUGUUCGACGAGUGGCAAUAUGGGCUUUGGGAUCAAAAUCAAAGCUCAAAAGAAGAAGAAGAAGAAGCUUAUGAGUUCUUCAUAGAUCAAAUGGCAAUGGCGGAAAAAUCAUUUCAAGCUUUACCCUUCUCGUGGUAACAUUAAAUUGCUACAAAUUCAAGCUGGUU